AUGUGGCGCUCCGUUGCUCUGCUCCUCUCCGCUCUCAUCAACGUUUCCGAGCAGGGCCCACACCAGAGGAGCCUCUUGAAGAACCUGCUAAAGGACUAUAACCGGAUGGAGCGUCCGGUCGGCAACGACUCCCACCCCCUCACUGUGGUCUUCACCCUCAGCCUCGUGCAGAUCAUGGAUGUGGAUGAGAAGAACCAAGUACUGACCUCCAACAUGUGGCUGAGAAUGGGUUGGUACGAUCAUUAUCUUCAGUGGAACCAAACAGAGCAUCCGGGCGUCAAAAACCUGCGCUUUUCACACGACCAAAUAUGGACACCGGACAUCCUGCUCUACAACAGUGCAGAUGAUGACUUCGACUCCACCUUUAAGACAAACAUCCUGGUCAACUCCAGCGGAUACGCAGAGUACUUACCUCCAGGUAUCUUCAUGAGCACCUGUAAUGUGGAUGUGCGCUGGUUUCCCUUCGACAUUCAGAAGUGUGAGCUGAAGUUUGGCUCCUGGACAUACGACGGCUGGCUGCUCGAUCUGCAGAUGACCGACGCAGACAUCUCAGGAUACAUGCCCAAUGGGGAGUGGGACCUCAUCGGUGUCCCGGGUACUAGAAACGAGCUGUUCUAUGACUGCUGUAAGGAGCCGUAUCCUGAUGUGACGUUUGUGAUCACGAUUCGGAGGAGGACUCUGUACUACGCCCUGAACCUCCUGAUCCCCUGUGUGCUGCUGUCCUCUAUGACACUCCUCAUAUUUGUGCUGCCGGCCGACUCAGGCGAGAAGAUCUCUUUGGGGAUCACUGUGCUGCUGUCUCUCACUGUCUUCAUGUUGCUGGUAGCAGAAAUCAUGCCGGCCACAUCAGAUUCAGUUCCACUAAUAGGCCAGUACUUUGCCAGUAUAAUGAUCAUUGUCGGGAUGUCAGUCAUCGCUACAGUGGUGGUCCUGCAGUACCACCACCACGACCCCAACGGAGGUAACAUGCCCAAAUGGGUUCGGCUGGUCCUGCUGCAGUGGGUUGCCUGGUUUUUACGGAUGAAACGCCCAGGAGAGAAUGAUGACCCCGAGCGUCCUCCAUGUGCCCCUCACCUACGCCGCUGCUCCUCUGGCUCCCAAAGCGGCAGCAUUCCCAACCCUCCGGACCCCACCCUCGCUAACAACAAUGGUAACCUAUUAUACAUGGGUUUUCAAAGCAUCGAUGACCCAAGAUGCCCCAGUACGGUGUCCAGUGGAGGGGGCUUUGGAGGAGGACACGGUGGCCUGGGGGGUUGCUCCACUUCUGGGAUAGGAGAUCCUCAGCUCCAAGCGAUUUUGGAAGAGGUGCGAUACAUGGCGGACAGGUUUCGCGAACAGGACGAGACAGAAAGCAUGGCAGACCAGUGGAAGUUUGCCGGAGCUGUAAUCGAUCGUUUGUGUUUGGUGGCGUUCAGUGUCUUCAAUAUAAUUUGCACCAUUUCUAUUCUCAUGUCCGCUCCAAACUUUGUGGAGGCUAUUUCAAAGGAUUUUGUUUGAAAGAAGAAAAAAAGGGUGAAAGUUAAUACAAGAUGGUGAACUAUGUGGGCUCUGAUCCAAGGAAAUAAUACAAUUUCCUCUUGGACCGCUGGCUAUUUUUUGAUUGGUGAU